AUGGAUAAGUUUUUGAAUUCUAGUAGAAAACGUGAUAAUCCAGAAGUAAUUUCAUAUAUUGAAAAGAAACAAAAAAUCAGAAAAUAUGAUGAUAGUUAUUUGAAUUUCGGAUUUACUAUCACUGUUGUUGCAAACGUAGAACAUCCCCAGUGUGUUGUUUGUUUGAAAGUAAUGGCUGUAGAAAGUAUGCUUCCAAAUAAAAUGAAACGCCAUUUGGAGACAGUUCAUGGAAAUUUGGUGAACAAACCACGUGAUUAUUUCAUAUCAAAAUUAAAAGCUAUGGCUCAACAAAAACAUAUUUUUACAAAACAAGCUACAAUUCCUUCUAAAGCACUACUUUCUUCCUAUAAAGUAGCUUGGCGAAUAGCAAAGAGUAAAAAACCUCAUACUAUCGCAGAAAAUCUAAUUUUACCAGCCGCUAUGGAUAUGGUGUCUAUUAUGAUUGGGGAUGCUGCUGCUAAACAACUUCAAAAUGUGCCAUUAUCAGAUAAUACUAUUAGUCGUAGAAUACAAGAUAUGGCUGAAGACAUCAAUGAUCAAUUAAUUGAAAAACUAAUAGGAUGA